CCGAUACAUACUCCGCUGUAUAAGCCGCCAUCAUGGUGAAGAUCGCAAAGGCAGGUAAAAAUCAAGGUGACCCCAAGAAAAUGGCUCCUCCCCCAAAGGAGGUAGAAGAAGAUAGUGAAGAUGAGGAAAUGUCAGAAGAUGAAGAUGAUGACAGCAGUGAAGAAGAGGUUAUCAUCCCUCAGAAGAAAGGCAAGAAGGCUACUGUAACCUCAGCAAAGAAGGUGGUGGUUUCUCCAACAAAAAAGGUUGCAGUCGCCACACCUGCAAUGAAAGCAGCUGUCACCCCAGGCAAAAAGGCAGGAGCCACACAGGCCAAGAAGACGGUUACACCAGCCAAAGCAGUUGUGACACCUGGCAAAAAGGGAGCCACACCAGGCAAAGCACUGGUAGCAACCACUGGUAAGAAGGGAACUGCCGCCCCAGCCAAGGGAGCAAAGAGUGGCAAAAAUGCCAAGGAAGACAGUGAUGAAGAGGAGGAUGAUAGUGAGAAGGAUGAUGAGGAUGAGGAGUAUGAUGAUGAUGAAGAUGAGGAGGAGGAUGAAUUUGAACCAGCAGUAAUUAAAGCAGCAACUGCUGCCCCUGCCUCAGAGGACGAGGAUGAUGAGGAUGACAAAGAGGAUGAGGAUGAGGAUGAUGAAGAAGAUGACUCUGAAGAAGAAGCUAUGGAGACCACACCAGCCAAAGGAAAGAAAACUGCAAAAGCUGUUCCUGUGAAAGCUAAGAGCAUGGCCGAAGAUGAAGAUGAAGAGGAGGAAGAUGAGGAUGACGACGAUGAGGAAGAUGAUGAAGAGGAGGAGAAGGAGGAUGAAGAGGAGGAGGAGGAGGAACAGGCUGUCAAAGUAGUGUCUGGAAAACGAAAGAAGGAAAUGACCAAACAGAAAGCAGCUCCUGAAGCCAAUAAACAGAAAGUGGAAGCCACAGAACCAACUACGUCUUUCAAUCUCUUUAUUGGAAACCUGAACUCUAACAAAUCUGCUCCUGAAUUAAAAACUGGUAUCAGUGAUGUUUUUGCUAAAAAUGAUCUUGUUGUCGUGGAUGUCAGAAUUGGUAUGACUAGAAAAUUUGGCUGUGUGGAUUUUGAAUCUGCUGAAGACCUGGAAAGCCUAGAGCUCACUGGUUUGAAAGUCUUUAGCAAUGAAAUUAAACUAGAGAAACCAAAAGGGAAAGACAGUAAGAAAGAUCGAGAUGCCAGAACACUUUUAGCCAAAAAUCUUUCUUAUAAAGUCACUCAGGAUGAAUUGAAAGAAGUGUUUGAAGAUGCUAUGGAGAUCAGAUUAGUCAGCAAGGACGGGAAGAGUAAAGGGAUUGCUUAUAUUGAAUUUAAGACAGAAGCUGAUGCAGAGAAAACCUUUGAAGAAAAGCAGGGAACAGAGAUCGAUGGGCGAUCCAUUUCCCUCUACUACACUGGAGAGAAAGGUCAAAGUCAAGACUGUAGAGGUGGAAAGAAUAGCACCUGGAGUGGUGAGUCAAAAACUCUGGUUUUAAGCAACCUCUACUACAGUGCAACAGAAGAAACUCUUCAGGAAGUAUUUGAGAAGACAACUUUGAUCAAAGUGCCCCAGAACCAAAAUGGCAAAUCUAAAGGGUAUGCAUUUAUAGAAUUUGCUUCAUUUGAAGAUGCUAAAGAAGCUUUAAAUUCCUGUAAUAAAAGGGAAAUUGAGGGCAGAGCAAUCAGGCUGGAGUUGCAAGCACCCCGGGGAUCACCUAACGAAAGUCAGCCAUCCAAAACUCUGUUUGUCAAAGGUCUGUCUGAGGAUACCACCGAAGAGACAUUGAAGGAGUCGUUCGAUGGCUCUAUUCGUGCAACGAUAGUCACUGAUAGGGAAACAGGAUCCUCCAAAGGGUUUGGUUUUGUGGACUUCAACAGUGAGCAAGAUGCCAAAGCGGCAAAGGAGGCCAAGGAAGAUGGUGAAAUUGAUGGAAACAAAGUUACCCUGGACUGGGCCAAGCCGAAGGGUGAAGGUGGCUUUGGGGGUCGUGGUGGAGGCAAGGGAGGCUUUGGAGGCCGAGGAGGCUUCCGAGGUGGAAGAGGAGGAGGGGGAGGAGGAGACCACAAGCCACAAGGAAAGAAGACGAAGUUUGAAUAGCUUCUUCUGUCCCUAUGUCUUUCCCUCUUCCAUUUGAAAGAAAGGACUCUGGGGUUUUUACUCUGUUACGUGAUCAAUGACAGCGCCUUCUGAGGACAUUCCAAGACAGUAUACAGUCCUGUGGUCUACUUGGAAAUCCAUACAGAUAACAUUUCAAGAGCGAUACCCUGUUGGUUUUGACUGGAUAUUCAUAUAAACAUUUUAAAGAGAUGAGUGAUAGAGCUAACCCUUAUCUGUAAGUUUUGAAUUUAUAUUGUUUGAUCCCAUGUACAAAACCAUUUUUUCCUACA